AUGUCAGCCAAACACUUUGUCAACGAUCCAACCCACCUCGUCUCCUCAGCUCUCCAUAGUCUCACCCUCAUCAACCCGUCGCUCGCCCUAGAUCCAGACUUCAAAGUCAUCUAUCGUCGUCCUGAUCCCAAUGCCAAAGCACAAGUGUCCAUUAUCUCAGGAGGUGGCUCCGGCCAUGAGCCUUCAUUCGCCGGCAUGGUCGGCCAAGGCAUGCUCUCCGCAGCUGUAGCUGGAACCAUCUUCGCAUCUCCCUCAGCAGAACAAAUACGCACAGCAAUUACCUCUCGUGUCGAUACGUCAAAAGGCGUCCUGGUCACCGUAAUGAACUAUACCGGUGACGUCCUCAACUUUGGUAUGGCUGUUGAGAAGGCCAAGGCUGCAGGGCUUGAGGUUAAGAUGGUAGUAGUUGGCGACGAUGUUGGUGUUGGUCGUGCAAAAGCCGGAAAAGUCGGUCGUCGUGGAAUUGCAGGUACAGUUCUCGUUCACAAAAUUUCAGGGGCCCUCGCAGCUCUAGGAAAGCCACUGGAUCAAGUUGCCAAAUAUGCACAACUGACAGCAGACAACCUCGUCAGUGUGGGCGCCAGUCUCGAACAUGUGCAUGUUCCUGGUCGAAAGGCCGAUACAGAGGGCAGUCUUGCGGCAGACGAGGCAGAGCUGGGAAUGGGUAUUCACAAUGAACCCGGCUCUGGCCGUGAGAAGGCCGAGCUACCUGAUCUCGUAAGUAAAAUGCUCAAGCAGUUACUCAACACCGCAGACAAGGAUCGAGCUUUUGUGAACGUCGAUUCCAAAGAAGUUGUUCUCAUGAUCAACAACCUGGGAGGAGUCAGCGUUCUUGAGUUGGGCGGCAUCACUGCAGAAGUUGCGAGUCAGCUUGAGUCAAAUUACAGUAUCCGGCCCGUGAGAAUACUCAGUGGAACAUUCAUGACCAGUUUGAACGGUCUCGGCUUCAGCAUCUCCCUUCUUAAUGUGGUCUCGCCUGAUUUCGAAGCUCCAAGCAUGAUUGAAUUGCUUGAUGCUCCCAGUGAGGUGGUUGGAUGGUCCGCACCCGUUCAGGCCAGCACCUGGGAAGCCAAGAAUAACAAUACAAGAACCGGCCGUGCUGGUGCCAUAGGGGAUAUCAAGUCUAGUGGUCUAAAAACAGACCCUAGUACCGCGCAAGCAGUGUUGAAGAAAGGCCUGCAAAAAGUGAUUGAUGCCGAGCCAGAGGUCACCCACUACGAUACUAUCGUCGGAGAUGGUGAUUGUGGAAUUGGGUUGAAACGAGGCGCUGAAGCAAUCCUUAAGCACAUUGAUCAGCAACCUCUUACCGGCGACAUUGUCGUGGAUCUCUCUUCAAUCGUAACGAUCGUGGAAACGGCCAUGGAUGGAACCUCUGGAGCUCUAUAUGCCAUUUUCCUCAACGCCCUGGUUCAUGCUUUUCGUGAGCUGUCACCCGGCACGGCCUCGCCCGAAAUCUGGGCCAAGGCCCUCAAAAUGAGUAGCGAUGCUUUAGCCAAGUACACGCCUGCUCGUCCUGGAGAUAGGACGUUAGUCGACGCCCUUCAUCCUUUCGUGGAAGCUCUUAACCAAACAGGAGAUGUCAAGAAGGCAGCUGACGCAGCACUGGAGGGCGCUAAUAAGACGAAGGGUAUGCAAGCCAGCCUAGGUCGGACGGUCUAUAUCGGAGGUAGUGGCUAUCAGGAGGUUCCCGAUCCUGGAGCCUGGGGGUUGGCCAGCUUCUUCCUGGGCUUGAGCAGCUAG